GGGAAAGCAAAGACGGAGGGCUCAGUCCCCCCCCCACCACCACCCCCCUCCAUCCCUCGGGCCGGCCGAUGGGAGGAAGUGGUGCACGGUGUGUGUUUAAAGAGGACUGAACCCUCCCGAGCGGGGGUGGCGGCUCGGUGUUGUGGAGCUUGUGCCCCGGCGUCGCCGCUGCUAAAUUCGACACAGAGCCAACAUGGAGCUGGAGAACAUCGUAGCCAACACGGUGCUACUGAAAGCACGGGAAGGAGGCGGUGGAAACAGGAAAGGAAAGAGCAAAAAGUGGAAGCAGAUGCUGCAGUUCCCACACAUUAGUUUGUGUGAAGAGCUGCGACAAGGCACCGAGAAGGACUACAGCAGCCUGUGCGAGCGUCAGCCCAUCGGGCGCUUACUCUUCCGACAGUUUUGCGACACCCGACCCGAAUUGAGGCGCUGCGUCAAGUUUCUGGAUCGGGUGGCGGAGUACGAAGUAGCGCGUGACGAGAAGAGGAAGGAAUGCGGUCAAGAACUCAUCGACGUCUUCUUCAGUCCAAAGUCGGAGGACUACGUGCCGGAGUUGGACGAGCCCACGAUGGCCCGGUGUGCGGAGCGGCUGCAGCAGGAGGCCUGCAAGGAGCUCUUCAAGGACUGUACCAAAUUGAUCCAUGACCUUCUGAGCGUGGCGCCCUUCUCAGACUACCUCGACAGCAUGUACUACAACAGGUUCCUCCAGUGGAAAUGGCUGGAGAGACAACCAGUGACAAAGAAUACGUUCAGGCAGUACAGAGUUUUAGGGAAAGGGGGAUUUGGAGAGGUGUGUGCGUGUCAGGUGCGGGCCACGGGGAAAAUGUACGCCUGCAAGAAGUUGGAGAAGAAGAGGAUCAAGAAGCGCAAAGGCGAGUCCAUGGCACUCAACGAGAAGCAGAUCCUGGAGAAAGUCAACAGCAGAUUUGUGGUGAGCUUAGCGUAUGCCUACGAGACCAAGGACACCAUUUGUCUCGUUCUGACGCUCAUGAACGGCGGCGACCUGAAGUUCCACAUCUACCACAUGGGCGAGGCGGGUUUCGACGAGAGGAGGGCCGUUUUCUACUCGGCCGAGAUCUGCUGCGGCCUGGAGGACCUGCACAGGGAGCACAUCGUCUACAGGGACCUAAAACCUGAAAACAUCCUGCUGGAUGACCAUGGGCACAUCAGGAUAUCGGACCUAGGUCUGGCCGUCCACGUACCAGAGGGCCAGACCAUAAAGGGCCGGGUGGGAACGGUAGGCUACAUGGCUCCGGAAGUGGUGACCAACGAGUGCUACACCUUCAGCCCCGACUGGUGGGCGCUGGGCUGCCUGCUGUACGAGAUGAUCGAGGGCCAGUCGCCCUUUCAGCAGAGGAAGAAGAAGAUCAAGCGGGAGGAGGUGGAGCGGCUGGUCAAGGAAGUGCAGGAAGAAUACUCCGGAAAAUUCUCAGAGCAGGCCAAGUCGCUUUGUAAAGCGCUGCUGGCAAAAGAUCCCAGGGCGAGACUGGGCUGCCAGGGAAGCAGCGCUUCGGAGGUCAAAGCGCACCCCAUCUUUCACUCCAUCAAUUUCAAAAGGCUGGAGGCCGGAAUGUUGCAGGCGCCUUUCAUUCCGGAUCCACAGGCCAUCUACUGUAAAGACGUGCUGGACAUCGAGCAGUUCUCCACCGUCAAAGGCGUGGAGCUCGAGCCCAAAGACGAGUCCUUCUACAGCAAAGUGUCCACCGGCAGCGUCUCCAUUCCCUGGCAGGACGAGAUGAUAGAGAUGGAUUGUUUCACCGAGCUCAACGUUUUCUACCCGGAUGGAGCCGUGCCCCCGGACCUGGACUGGCGAAGACAGCCGUCUCCGCCCCCCAAACAGGGACUUUUACAGCGACUGUUUGGCAGACAGGACUGCUGUGGCAACUGCAGUGACAGCGAUGAGGAGCCAACCAGGCUGUGACACACACACCAUAUUUGUUUACAACCUUUUGCACAUUUCUAUUUUGAAGAUAGUAGAUCUCUAAAUAUCUGAAUGUAUUUUCAUCAUAGCCAUAAUAAUGAUGUGUUUUAUUAUUUAAAAAAAAGAAAAGAAAAAAAAAAUCAUGGCUGAGGCUUUUUCUCUCCCAAGAGCAAGAGGAGCGGAAUAAUCACCUGUGUGUAAAAAAAAAGAAAAAAGUGCCUUGCUGGAGGGCACAGUGACAAUAAUACUUAGUAUGAGAGGGCAAAGUCCUCCUCCUUUUGUCCAGGGAAUAAAAUGAGUGACUUUUGACUGCUGUGACCAAGUUUACUCAACUUUUACUCCGUGUGUCUUUAAUUUUUUGGGUUCACUAAAAGACCUCAAGGUGAA